UACGUUUCCACCUGUCAGGGCCAGGACGCAGAUGCUAUGGGCAGCCAGGAGGUGCUGGGCCAGGCGGCCCGGCUGGCCUCCUCCGGUCUCCUCCUGCAGGUGAUGUUUCGAUUAAUCACCUUUGUCUUGAAUGCAUUUAUUCUCCGCUUCCUAUCAAAGGAAAUCAUUGGUGUAGUAAAUGUAAGACUGACACUGCUUUACUCAACCACCAUAUUCCUGGCCAGAGAAGCCUUCCGCAGAGCAUGUCUGAGUGGGGGCACCCAGCGGGACUGGAGACAGACCCUCAACCUGCUGUGGCUAACAGUCCCCUUGGGUGUGCUUUGGUCCUUAUUCCUGGGCUGGAUCUGGUUGCAAUUGCUUGAAGUGCCUGAUCCAAAUGUGGUCUCCCACUAUGGAACUGGAGUGGUGCUGUUUGGUUUCUCAGCAGUGGUGGAACUUCUAGGAGAGCCCUUCUGGGUCAUGGCACAUGCACAUAUGUUCGUCAAGCUCAAGGUAAUUGCUGAGAGCCUGUCAAUUAUCCUCAGGAGUCUCCUGAUAGCUUUUCUUGUUCUGUGGUUGCCUCAUUGGGGACUGUUCAUUUUUUCUUUGGCUCAGCUUUUCUAUACUGCAGUUCUGGUGCUGUGCUAUGUUAUUUAUUUCGCGAAGUUACUGAGUUCCCCAGAAUCAGCCAAACAACAGACUCUUCCUGUCUCCAGAAUAACAGAUCUGUUGCCCAAUAUUACAAGAAGUGGAGCUUUUAUAAAUUGGAAAGAAGCUAAAUUGACUUGGAGUUUUUUCAAACAGUCUUUCUUAAAACAGAUUUUGACAGAAGGCGAGCGAUAUGUGAUGACAUUUUUGAAUGUAUUAAAUUUUGGCGAUCAGGGUGUAUAUGAUAUAGUGAAUAAUCUUGGCUCCCUUGUGGCCAGGUUAAUUUUCCAGCCAAUAGAGGAGAGUUUUUAUAUAUUCUUUGCUAAGGUGCUGGAGAGGGAAAAGGGUACCACACUUCAGAAGCAGGAGGAUGUCACCAUGGCUGCUGUGGUUUUGGAGUCCCUACUCAAGCUGGCCCUGCUGGCUGGCCUGACCAUCACUGUUUUUGGCUUUGCCUAUUCUCAGCUGGCUCUGGAUAUCUAUGGAGGGACCAUGCUUAGCUCGGGAUCAGGUCCUGUUUUGCUGCGUUUCUACUGUCUUUAUGUCUUACUGCUUGCCAUCAAUGGAGUAACUGAGUGUUUUACCUUUGCUGCAAUGACCAAAGAGGAAGUUGACAGGUACAAUUUUACGAUGCUAGCACUGUCCUCUUCAUUCCUGGUGUUAUCCUAUCUCCUGACCCGUUGGUGUGGCAGUGUGGGCUUCAUCUUGGCCAACUGCUUUAAUAUGGGUAUUCGGAUCACACAGAGCCUUCGUUUCAUCCACCACUACUACCAAGGGAGCCCCCAUAGGCCCCUGGCUGGUCUGCUCCUGUCUCCAGUCCUCCUUGGCGUAUUUGCCCUCAGUGGUGGGAUUACUGGUAUUUCAGAGGUAUUCCUCUGCUGUGAGCGGGGCUGGCUUGCCAGGCUGGCCCACAUUGUUGUGGGGUGCUUUUGUUUAGGAGUGAUCUUGGGACAGGCAUUCUCAACAGAGACCAAGCUGAUCCACUUUCUCAGGAGCUCAGUUGAGUGCCUGGAGUCUAGUCUGGCACUCUCGGGUCUCACUAGCGCUGGGACUGCCUUCCGAGGGAGCUUCCCGGCACACGUGUGUGUGCAGCCGUCCGUACCACGGACACCUGCGCUUGCAGGGGAACGGACCAGCUCUGGAAACAUAGCCGCACACGGUCACGUGCGGGCUACAGCCGUGCGCUUCGUUCGGGCCCGGACGCCAGAACCGAUCCCGGGAACUCCACUGGAUAUCCCAUCGCUCCGUCCCGAAGCCGAGGUGAGGCUCUUCCCUUCUGAGUCGGAGCGGGUCCAGGACGGACGCUAG